UUUUCUUAUGAAGUACACACAGAAGCUUAGCCGCUUCUUCAGAUGUUGACUUAACUAACUCCAUUGUCUUUUUCUUAUGGAAAUGGGGGAAAAUCAGACAUCCAUCACAGAGUUCAUCCUAUUGGGAUUUCGCCUUGGUCCCAGGCUUCAGAUGCUGCUCUUUGGGAUCUUCUCCCUGUGCUAUGCAUUCACCUUGCUGGGGAAUGGGGCCAUCUUGGGGCUCAUCGCACUGGACUCCAGACUGCACACCCCCAUGUACUUCUUCCUCUCACACCUGGCCCUCAUCGACAUAGCCUAUGCCUGCAACACGGUACCCCAGAUGCUGGUAAACCUCCUGAACCCUGCCAAGCCCAUCUCCUUUGCUGGCUGCAUAACACAGACCUUUCUCUUUUUGACUUUUGCUCACACAGAAUGCCUUCUCCUGGUGGUGAUGUCCUGUGAUCGGUAUGUGGCCAUCUGCCACCCACUCCGAUAUUCUGCCAUCAUGAGCUGGAGAGUCUGCAGCACCCUGACAGUGACUUCCUGGGUGUUAGGAGUCCUCCUGGCCUUGGUACAUAUAGUGUUACUCCUACCACUGCCCUUCUGUGGACCCCAGACUGUUAACCACUUUUUCUGUGAAAUUAUUGCUAUUCUCAAACUUGCUUGUGCAGACACCCACAUUAAUGAGAUGACGGUCUUGGCUGGGGCAGUGUCUGUACUGGUGGGACCCUUCUCCUCAAUUGUGAUAUCUUAUGUUCAGAUCCUAUAUGCCAUUCUAAGGAUCCACUCAGUGAAGGGGCACCAGAAAGCCUUCUCUACCUGCUCCUCCCACCUCUGUGUGGUUGGUCUCUUUUAUGGCACAGCCAUUAUCUUGUAUGUUGGACCCAGAUAUGGAAACCCCCAGGAGCAGAAGAAAUAUCUCCUCCUGUUUCACAGCCUUUUCAAUCCCAUGCUCAACCCCCUGAUCUAUAGUCUGAGAAACAAAGAAGUGAAGGGACCCCUGAGAAGAGUUCUGGGGAAACAGAGGUCAUUGUGA